AGUACGCAUGCGUGCUGCGAUCCGAUCGUCAAGCCGAACAGCACAUGCGCUCUAGGGUCCGAAGUCGUCUCGGACGGAGCAUGUGCAGAGAGUGUUGUCUUGGUGUUCGUGUCCGUAUUUAGUAUCAGAAAGCGUGCUCUGCCCUGACCUUAAAUUUAGCCUCGACAUCCAAUAAUGACAGACAAUAAGCGCCUUGCAUACUCCAUCAUUCAGUUUUUACGCGAUCAGCUCCAGUCUGGAGAUUUGACUUCAGAUGCGCAGGAAAGCUUAGAGGUUGCCAUCCAGUGUUUGGAGACCGCAUUUGGCAUCUCCACAGAUAAUGAGGAUCUUGCUGUGUCUCGGACACUCCCAGAGAUUUUUACAGCUGCUGUUAAAGAGGAGAUACCUAAUGUGAUUGUGCACUCUGUGCCUAAUUCUCCAACUGUUGAAGAUAUUGCAAAAGCUGAGCAGUUGAAAACUGAAGGAAAUGAGCAAAUGAAAGUAGAAAAUUACCAGUGUGCUGUGGAUUACUACACAAAGGCCAUUGAACUGAAUCCAAGCAAUGCAGUUUAUUAUUGCAAUAGGGCAGCAGCAUUGAGUAAAUUAGGAAACUACACUGGAGCAGUGCAAGACUGUGAAAAGGCAAUAGCUUUUGACCCAAGCUAUAGCAAAGCUUAUGGCAGAAUGGGCUUGGCCUUGGCUAGUCUAAAUAAAUACAGUGAUGCAGUUAAUUACUAUAAAAAGGCUCUGGAGCUGGACCCUGAAAAUGAAUCUUAUAAAGCAAACCUCAGUAUAGCAGAACAGAAGAUCAAGGAUGCACCGAGUCCAACAGGAGGCAGCGGUGGGUUCGAUCUGGCAAGUUUAUUGAAUAACCCAGGCUUCAUGAAUAUGGCAUCAAGUCUAAUGCAAAAUUCGCAAGUACAACAAUUAAUGUCUGGAAUGAUGUCUGGGUCCUAUGGUCCAGUAGGAAGUGGUGGAGCAGGAACCGGGGCAGGAGCCAAUGAUAUUGCAGGCCUCAUCCAAGCAGGACAGCAAUUUGCACAGCAGAUGCAGCAGCAGAAUCCAGAGCUCAUUGAACAGUUACGGAGCCAAAUCCGGAGCCGAACCCCCAGUGCCAGCAACGAAGAACAGUCCUAACUCUAUACGAGGCAAAUACUGUUCUUUUAUAAUAUACAACAACAGAUGGAGAUUGUUUGUUCUCCACUUUGACGUCAGGAACUUGAAGUAAUGAUUUGUACUGUCACUUGCAUGUUCAGGAGGAUCCUCAAAGUGGAGAGCUAACCACUUCUAAAUACGGAAUUCAAAAAAGGAACUGGGUUUCAAGCUUGCAAAAACCACUAAUUGACCUUUCUGUGGAAGUUAUGUAUUGAGCUUUCUGUGAUUCUAAGUUCUUUUUUAAAAAAAACAUAAUGUUCACAGAGGAACACCUAGCUGCUUUUUAAUCACUUCUCCAAAAUGUCUGUUAUCAUGUGAGAUUCCACUUUGUUCUUAAAAACACCAGAGGCUAACAGCAAUGGCUCCACACCUCACCUUCUCAAUACUGACAAAUUGUUUUGCCUGUAACAGUUUUUUUUCCCAGCAUUUUAUCCGUUCAGUGGAAUGGAACAGCAGAGGCCAUAUGCAUAAAUUCAAACAAAUUCUGCUCACAGUGUGAUUAACAUCACUUGUUCGUUCAUGUAGGCUUUUUUAAUGUUGCAGAACAUUUUAUAAAAGUAGCACAAGAAUUUGUGUGUAACCUUAUUAAAAUUAACAAUUUGAAACCGAGAUAGAAGUAUAAAUAUUAAAUUAGCCUUGGGAGUGAAAUGGUGAAACUUUGCUCAGUGGCAAUUGUUUGAGAAAUUGUUAACAUUACCAGCUGAAUUGAAGUGUGAUCAACUUUGUACUUGAUGUAUUUUAGGGAAUGCAUUUACAGAAUGGACUCCAGAAGCUGCAUACAGGAAGAAGAAAAGGCAUCCAUAUGUUAUAAUAUAAAUGACCACUUAAGAUUGAUGAAGCAUCCUAGUACGGCAGUCGCACUUUGCGACAGCAACAACUUCUGGUACUACCCAAGCCGCGCAUUUGAGGAUUGACCAUAUAGUAUACAUUGUUCUAGCUGUAGAAAUAGAACAUCUUCAUUAGCAGCCAGUGUUUCUAGCCAAUAUUUGCUCAUAAAGGAGAGACAAAUAAAUUGUGAGCACCUCCACUGUAAUUACUCAAGAUAUAGAGUUGGAAUUUAUGUAUAACUAUGAAAUCUGUUUUUAAAUCUGCAUAAAAUAUUCAUAGAAGUAUUUUGGUAUCCUUUUUGUGCACCGUGACUGAACGUGUUUCACAUGGCUAAGACCACUGGUUUGCAGUUUUUGUGGAAAAGUGAGAUAAUGCAACCCAAAAUCCUGCUGAUAGUCCCUGUAAUAAAUUUGAUUUAUCUGGUCAACAGAAAAUCAGUGACUAAUUAAUUCAUUCUAAACUUACUGGAUCACAGAAUGCAAUCAGAAAUACACAGCUUUCAAAAAUAAACCUGAAAUUCCAUAUCAUAAAAAUUGCAUCUGAUUCAUUCAAUCACUGUAAACUACUGGUUCUGCAAGCAGACUCUUCCGGGGAGGGGUAUCCCAACUAUUUGUCUUCAUGUUUUGUCACAAAGUCUCAUGGAAUAAAGUACAAGGUCCUAUUUGUUUAUGUCUCUGUAGGUUUCUCAUACUAAUGGAUCUUGAUGUUCUGUCCCAGGAUUUAUCUAACAACCAUGUUAAGGACAGUCCUUUACAAAUUGCCUUGCUCUUAAAGUGCACAGGACAGACACUAAAGUAGGAAUAUGAAAAAUACAAUUCACACUGAGUCAUCUGGGAGUUUUGAGUGCCAGGUCAGUCUUGUUCUUGAUUUAGUAUUUUUCUGUGUCCUAGGAAUAAAUUCAGUGUAAACAUUUGUUAUUUCUUUUAGCAAAAAUACAAUUACUCCUUGGAAUUGUUUCCACAUAAGGUGAAACUCCUCAAGUUCGUUGAUACCAUUUAGCAUAAUUAACAGUUAAGCAAAGUUAAAACAAGGCGAAUAUUUUAAGCAGAGUUUCAGCGCACCAGAUGCUAGGUACUCUUUCCAUUUGUAAUUAUGAAAGUUGAUACUUUGUAAACAUUCUGCUACCCCAGAGUAAUCUGUCUUUGUACAUUUGUAUUGUUUUUAAAGGAAAAAAGCAUUGGGUGGAGAGGUGCAAUAUUUGUUUAAACCACAUACAAAGUCCAAAAAUUUUAUCAGAAUUUUGUCAUCAAUCAGAAUCUCAUGCAAUACAGAAAAAGUUCUGUACCACAGUUCAGUUUGUUGUGCCGUUUGUGUUUAGAUUUCUGCUCCUUUUAUUGUUACAUAUGUGACUUUGAAUUCUCAUCACCAUCUCCCUCAAGUUUUCCAUUCCAAUUUUCUUACACUUCCCAAUAAAAUGCACUUAACCAAUCCACAAUUACUGGAAUGUCCUCCAGAGGGCAAACCAUUCUUCAAACUGCAGUCUUUCAAGCUGAGGCACAAUAGAUAUUAAACAAGAAUUCUGAUUGCUGUUUCAUCCUUACAUUUUAAGAUGAGAUUAAUGAGAGGUGUGUAAUUUAUAUAUCGAUAGGUGUCAUUAGUGGUAAUGUCACUGGACUAAUCGCAUACAGUCCCAAAACUAAUGUCCUAGGGCUGUGGGUAUGAAUCUUACCAUGGUCGAUGUUUAAAUUUGAAUUACAUUUUACUUAAAAACCAGUCCAAAGUCAACCAUGUAGUCAUUAUCAAUUGAUGUAAAUUUCCAUCUAGUUCACUAAUGUUCUUUAAGGAAAGAAAUUGCUCCACUGUCCUUACCUGAUCUGACCUGCAUGUGACUAGGCCCACAAAAAAGUGAUUGAUUCUUAAUUGGACUUGAGAUGGACUAGCAAACCACUAGGCUCAAGGUUAGUUACCAAUGAGUAUAAAUGCUAGACCAGCCAGUGAUGCCCAUGUCCAGUGAAUUUUAAGAGAAAAUAUCAGAGCCUUGAUCAGGCCCCUAUCUGAUGUAUUCUUCAGUUUUGGUCACUUAAUCCCAAAUUUAGACAUCUCCCAUGAAAGAGAGGGAGUGUUCAUUCAUCCAUAGUUAUAAAGUGUUAUGUAGACUAUGUAAAAGGUACACAUAAAUUAGCCUGUCCAACUUAACUGAGGUCAUGUGGCAGAACUUGCCUUGUAAAUCCCCCUUCCAACAACAUACAAAAAUCAAGGAAUAACCAAAUAAUUUUAAAUGCUUGAAAGCUCAGAAACAAUUUCCUCCUAUGUAGGAGUCCAGAGGAAAGAGACAUUGCAUAAAAUUAGAACUAAGCCAAAUCAGUGUAAAAUCAGGAAGCACUCCUGAUCUAGUGGAGAUCUAGAACCAACAUGUAGAUUUAACACAGACAGGUAAAUGAGAGUAAAGCAUGAGUUGACCAAGACCUAAGUGAAACCAAUUUGAGGGGCUAAAUGACCAAUUCCAGUUCUCUGACUACCAGUCUCUGCUGCACUCCACACCUGAGAACAACUAAAUAAGCAGAGUUGUUAGUAAGUACUUCUCUGCUCUCUGUAGUUUAGUAUCAUUUUUUUGGAGGCUAGUCUAUUCAAUGACCAUGGGACAGGGCUAUUCUAAUGGCUUUCAGUGAUCUCCAUGAGGUAAUCAACAGCAAACCCCACAACAUUGAAAUACAGUGCAACUUAUGUCCAUUCUGCACUAUUGUAACAUUGAUGAAUCUCAAAAAUUGAAACUGCUCAAAUGUCUCACUUCAGAAAGUCAACAAUUUAGAGUGGAUCUUUCAUCUGAUAUUCUACCUACCACAACUGCCAUUUACCUAUUUGCAGAAUAAUUAGUAGAAGAUUUCUUUUACUGUAGUUGAAUAUAUAUGAAGUAAAACAUUGAAAUGUUCUAUUUGAACCUUGAAGUUUGUGCUAAAUCGGUCUGUUUUUAAAUAAAGAAGAAAUACCUGUAUCAAUGUGUUAAAUUUAGAAUUUUAAUGCCUGCAUUAAAAUGUAAAUUUAUGAAAAAA